AUGCCACACAACCUCCCAUGCCCGCCCGGCGCCGCGGUCAAGCUGUUCGUUCUCAACAACUGUUUCCUUCGGGGAGUUCCUACAGCGCCUUAUGUAGAGCCUAUCAUACCUGGGCAUGAAAUAUUCAACGACCUUCCAUGCCUCGUCUUCCUGAUCGAGAGCUCGACAGGGAGGAAAGUCCUCUUUGAUCUUGGUCUGAGAAAGGACUGGCAAAAGCUCAGCCCAGUAUCGUUAUCAGAGAUUCGGAACGACCAAAUCGACAUCAAGUUAGAAGAGGACAUUGUUGACAUUCUGAAACGCGAGGGUAUCGUCCCGGGCGAUAUAGAGGCUGUGGUGUUAAGUGGGAAGUCUGUCGACGAGGUCGACUUCGAAGAGUCCAACUUUGUUCCUCUUGGUCCAUUCAAAGCUUUUGAUUACUUCGGUGAUGGCUCGUUCUACAUCGUGGAUGCUCCUGGGCACAGCAUUGGUCACAUUGGCGCCAUAGCCCGGACAACAAGCAACCCCGACACAUUCGUCUUCAUGGGUGCCGACUCAUGCCAUCACUGCGGAGAGUUUCGACCUUCUGAACGUCGCAGAACCCCGAGCGACUUUGGUCUUGGCUUGCCGAUUUCAGUGCCAUCUGCCCCUUGUGCCGGGCUGAGAUCUGGCGUACGCAAAGUUACUCAGGGCGGGUCGUGUGGAAGGCCGUUCUACUCAAUUACGCGGGACUUUCUAUAUGCCGAGUACACUCAUGACCACGAAGCUGCGGAUGCGACGAUUGCGAAGGUGCAAGAAAUGGACGGGUACGACAAUGUUUUUGUUACCAUGGCACACGAUGAUUCUAUCCCUAAGAUAGUCGACAUGUUUCCAAAGACUAUCAAUGAAUGGAGGUUCAAGAAGUGGCAUAAGACGUGUCGAUGGACGUUCCUGAAUGACUUGCAAGGCUUGGCUGACGCCAAACUGGGAGGUUAG